CGCUUCCUGUGAGGUCAGGUGGGAGGAAGCGGCCGCCCGUGGACGCCGAGGCCCGCGAACCGUGCGCGCAGGUCCAGCCCCGCAGGAAGUCCCAGCUCCCAAGAGGAUGGUGAGGAUCUUGGCCAAUGGGGAGAUUGUCCAAGAUGACGACCCCCGAGUGAGGACCACCACCCAACAGAGGAGUAGCAGUCCUCGGCAGGGCUUUCUCAACAGAGGUCAUGGUGGACCUCCAGGAGGCCCUGGACCCCGCCAGCAGCAGGCAGGUGCCAGGCUGGGUGCCACCCAGUCUCCCUUCAAUGACCUGAACCGGCAGCUGGUGAACAUGGGCUUCCCCCAGUGGCAUCUCGGGAACCACGUGGUGGAGCCUGUGACCUCCAUUCUCUUGCUUUUCCUGCUCAUGAUGCUUGGGGUUCGUGGCCUCCUGCUGGUGGGCCUGGUCUACCUGGUGUCCCACCUGAGCCAGCGGUGACCUCUGAGGGUCUCAGGAGGGCGGGAGUGCUCAUUAGGAGAGGCUGGGCUUUGGUGUGAGACGGGGGACAGGAGGAGGGAGCGUGGGAGUGCUCGGAAGGUGUGAUCAGAGAUAGGAACACGGGUGUGGAUUUCCCCAUUGUGUGAAAUAGGAGACAGAGGGACUCCGGACCAGCAUCGCCAAAAAUACAGAGUCCUCUGGUUUUCCUGGAAGGCUUUUACGGGCAUAGGGCCUCCACUAAGAAGCACAAGCCCAGGGUAAGACAGGCUUAGUAUGUUGUAGUCUCCCCCCACCAGGAGCAGAACUGGAGCUCAGAGCAGCUAGGAAUUGUCCAGAUUUUUAUAGCAUUCCUUUGUUCUAAUGGUGUCUUUAUUAGCAACUCUUAUUUAUGAGGAAGAGUAUUGGCGUUCUGUUCAUUGUGGCAUUUUUCUUCCUUUUGGGGGGUGGUGGUUUUGAGACAAGGUCUUAACUAUGUAGCCCUUGCUGGCCUGGAAUCCUCUGUAGACCAGGCUGGCCUUGAACUCAAAGAGCUCCUCUUGAGCGUCUGUCUUCCAAGUUCUGGGACGAAAGGCAUGCGAUACCCUGCCCAGUUAUUGUGAUAUUUUCAAUAAACAAGUUUGAGUCUAU